CCCGGAAGAGAAGUUGGACGUACGGCUAAUCUGCAGUGCAGUCUACUGUCGGUCCUUGCCUCCAGCGAUGGGAUUCUGUUUCCUGUUCAUUCACAAACACAGCGGGGCAGUUCCAAGAGAAAUGAGAACAUGCGAAAAAGAAUAGCCUCCAAAUUGGCGACUAUCAGCUUAUUUUUUGCUCAUGGAUGCGCAUUGUGGUGACUGACACUAGGAACCUGGCCCAUGAACAACCUGCUACAACAGCUAGCAUUAAAGACACGGCCAUCCGUUUUCAGUCAUCGCGUUGAAUCCAUGAUUGAAUGACAGUGGUUUGUUUUUGGAACGGAGGGAUGUUCUUGUGUACAGCUGGUGUUGCACAUUAGGGUAAAAACCAGCCAGGAGAAUGAACGCAGAGGAAGUGGAGCUGCUUGGUGACUCAAAGUACAGGAACUAUGUGGCAGCUGUGGACAAAGCCCUCAAAAACUUUGAGUACUCCAGUGAGUGGGCAGAUCUCAUCUCUGCACUUGGGAAACUCAACAAGGUUCUGCAAAACAACGCGAAGUAUCAAGUUGUUCCCAAGAAGUUGACGAUAGGCAAACGACUGGCCCAGUGCCUCCACCCUGCGCUGCCCAGCGGGGUGCACCGGAAGGCCUUGGAGACCUAUGAGAUCAUCUUUAAGAUCAUUGGACCCAAAAGGCUGGCUAAAGACCUCUUCCUGUAUAGCUCUGGGCUUUUCCCUUUACUCUCCAAUGCUGCUAUGUCAGUGAAGCCAGUGCUCCUGGGGCUCUAUGAGACCUACUACCUGCCCCUGGGAAAGACCCUAAAACCAGGCCUACAGGGUUUACUGACUGGGGUUCUGCCUGGUCUGGAGGAGGGUUCGGAAUAUUACGACAGAACCAACACUUUGUUGGAGAAAGUAGCAGCAGCUGUGGAGCAGUCGGCCUUCUACAGUGCCUUAUGGGGCAGCAUCCUGACCAGCCCUGCGGUGCGUCUCCCAGGGGUGUCCUUCGUUCUGCUGCACCUCAACAGGAAGCUCUCCAUGGAGGACCAACUCUUCAUCAUGGGCAGUGACAUCGAGCUCAUGGUGGAGGCAGUUAGUACUUCGGUCCAGGACUCCAGUGUUUUGGUGCAGAGGAGCACUUUAGACCUGAUCCUCUUCUGCUUUCCCUUCCACAUGAGCCAGGCCACUCGCCCUGAUAUGAUCCGGAUCCUGUCUGCAGCUUUGCAUGUGGUUUUAAGAAGAGACAUGUCCCUGAACCGCAGACUCUACGCCUGGCUGCUGGGUUUUGACAACAAUGUGGGGAGACUAGGCCCCCGCAGCACUAGACAGAGCAACCCAGAGGAGCAGGCCUCCCACUACUUCAACAGCUUCUCUAAGGACAUGUUGGUCCAGGCAAUGGUUGGAAUCCUCCAGGGUAAGGCCCGCGGUGGAGAGGAGGAGAGCGUCCUCAUGCAUGACCUCAAGCCCUUUCGCAUCCUGAUCAGCCUGCUGGACAAACCAGAGCUCGGUCCGGCCAUUCUAGAGGAUGUUCUGAUUGAGGUUUAUCGGACACUUCACACACAAUGCAGAACAGAGUUAGACCUCCAGAACCAGAGUCCAUUCAGCAAAGAUCACGCACAUUUAAGCAGUAAACUGCGAGAAAAUAAGAAGACAGCAGAACUGAUAAAAACAGCAAAUCUCCUGUUCAACUCUUUUGAACCGUACUACAUGUGGGACUACAUCGCUCGCUGGUUUGAGGAGUGCUGCAGGAGGAGGGUGAAAAACAGUGCACAUGCAGCGCGACUUGUCGGGACGUCAGACUCUGAGCUCUCUCUGGUGGAGUUCUGUGGGUUGGUUGAUUUUCUUCUGGACAUUGUUUCCUUGGAGACGUACAUAGAAAUCCAGACGGAGCACCUACCUCAGCUGCUGUUAAGGAUGGUUGCGGCUCUGACGAGUCACCUGCAGGCUCUGGGCCUUGUGGAGCUCACUCAAUGUCUCCGGCUCUGUUCCAAGAUCCUCAGCAAAGUGCAGCCACCUCUGGUGUCCCCUCUGGUCCUGCCCACAAAUUCACAAGCUCAGGGCCUCCCCAACGCUGGCAGCUCUUCAAACUCAGCAUGGGACAKGAGCAGAGACGUGGAGGACAAACGGCCUCUGCCCUCUACUCUGGAGGUACCUGGCAGUGGGGAUGUGUUWGAUGAUGGGGAAAACCUUCCCGUCAGUCGCUCCCCUGAAAGUGGUUUCUCAGACUUUGUUCAGUACCAGGAAGACGGCUCAGAGGAGGCAGAGCGGACCCCUCACCCARCGUAUAAAACAGGCGGUCGCCUCGCAGGCCCCUGUCCCGCCAAGACUCCGGAUAAACCAGUGAUGCAGUGCUGCCUGGAACACUUCCAGCAGUUUCUGUCUCGCCACAUCACCUUGUAUAUCUUACCUGGACAGGUGGACAGGGCWGAGGGUCAGAGAGGGGAGCUGAUGCCUUCAGAUAAAUCUCACCUCAGAGACCCUCUGGAGUUAUGCUCAGAAUCUGAGACCAUCCAGAGACAGUGUGUUGCUGCCUUCACUGCUGCCUGUCAGCUCUUCUUGGAAUGCUCCAGUUUCCCCGUCUACAUCGCAGAGGGCAAUCUGAAGUCCUCCCCCACGCUGGAGGAGCAGUUCAAUGAUGAGGUGCGGCUGCCGGUGUGGCUGCAAGCACUGAUGGACGCUUGUUGCCUGGCUACAAACUUCAACCUCCAGGGUGUUGCCAUCUCCCUGCUGAUGGACCUCGUGGGACUCACUCAGUCGGUCGCCAUGGUGACAGCUGAGAGCGUGGCAUCCAGCGGCAGCUCAGAGUCUGCCCAAACCAUGAGUCCCAGCCAGGGCCGAGUGGCUGUCGUCAUCAGGCCUCCCCUCACUCAGGGAAUCCUGAAGUACAUGGCUGAUAAAACAGACUUCUUCAGGAGGGUCGCUCUAAUCUUAUGGGACCAGCUGAGCGAAGGGACACCUCAGCAUCAUCAGCGCAGCGUGGAGCUCUUCUACCAGCUGCACAACCUGGUGCCUUCAUCCAGUAUCUGUGAGGAUGUCAUCAGCCAACACCUAAUGCACAGGGACAAGAGAGUUCGUUUGGAGGCUCAUGUAAAAUUCUCUGUUCUGUGGCAUCUGACCCGAGAUCUAAACAUCACCAAGUCCUCUCCUUUCAGCCGCACGUUCGACAGGUCUCUUUUCAUCAUGUUGGACAGUCUGAGUUAUUGGGAUCCUUGUACCAGCUCUGUUGGUCGGGCUUGGCUGAAUCAGGUCCUUCAGAGACACGACAUUGCUCGGGUCCUUGAGCCCCUUCUUCUCCUCUUGCUCCACCCCAAAACUCACAGAGUGUCUAUUCAGAGGGUACAAGCACAGCGCCACUGGACUCAGGUGUUCCCUGACCCCACGGAGCAGGAGCCGUCAGAACCCGCCUACAACAGAGACUCUGAACUGUCUGACAGUUUGUGUCGGAUCCAAAGAGAGAGACUUGGACAGGAUGAUUUCCGAGGUUUGAUGAUUGGUGACAUGGAGCCCUUCUGUCUGACAGUCAACCCGCUGAGUGACAGCUUGUCCAUUCUCAGCCUGAGCAGUGAGAACCUACAACUAGCUGGUGAAUAUCAGCCUUCUGACCAGCAGGGGGACCCACAGAGCUCUGAGUCCAGUGGUUCUCACUCCUCUACACUGGAAAACGGGAGCUUUGAGGAGCCAGAGGGAGUCGGUUGUACAAGUGGCUCAGACCGACUUCCUGGUUCCUCCGAUGAAAUAUCUGAUGACUCGGUAGAAGAAGUUGUGUACUGUGUUGUAAACGAACUCAUCGACAGAGUUGUAGAUGAGGAAUCUCAGGAAGAGUCAUCUGCACCUGAAAACUGGCCCCAAACUGAUACUGAAAGCACUUCCUCAGACACGUCCACCGGUCCCCGUCUGGACUCCUGCCUUCCUCCCAACUCCACUCACCAGAAUGUACCAGAGAUGUUGGCUGGAGGCACGCUGGAGCUUCUUUCCAUCACACCUUCGGGUAUAUCAGCGGAGGAGCAACACAGAGAGGGCAUCGUUCGCCACAGUUCAUCACCCUCUAUUGUCACGUUACCAGAUGGUACCGAUCCAGCUGCCYGGGAUAACCUGCAGGUAGAUGACCCUCAGGCCCGCAAGCGUAGCCACAGCAGCACCCAGCUGAGCCUUAAAGGGAAGAUCAUGGAGAAGCUAGCAGACAAAUCUCCUGGGGCGAAACCAAAGGUCAAGAAGACAAAGAGGAAAGAGGAGGAGAGGCAGAAAAGGGCAACACACCAAGCCGAGAAACCUCAUCCACCCAGUAUUUUCUUCGGGGACAGUUUAGAUCUGGAGAACUGGUACAGUUGUGGUGAAGGCGAGGUCUCAGAGAUUGAGAGUGACAUCGGCUCCCCGACUGGGGGCUCUGGAGGGACGGCUGCAGGUGUUGCAGGACGCAGGUCGUCCUCGGCUCCUCCCCGUUUUAACAUCCAUCCUCUCUACCAGCACAUCCUGCUCUACCUCCAGCUGUACGACUCGUCCAGGACCCUGCACGCUCUGUCAGCCGUCGCAGCCAUGCUGAGAGCUGCUCCCUCAGGCUUCGUGAGCGCCAUCUCCACCACCAGCAUCAACAACACCUACACUCCGCAGCUCUCUUUGCUUCAGAACUUGCUGGCCCGCCAUAGGGUCUCCGUCAUGGGCAAAGACUUUUACUGCCCCAUUCCCCAGGACUCCCACACCCACUCAUUCCGCAGCGCCAUGUACCUGGAGAUCAUCAUCUCACUCUGCCUCUACUUCUUGAGAAGCUAUUACUGCGCUCAUGUGACUGUAGGCCCUCAGGACUUGGCAGGAAACCGGGCCAUGCAGCUGACCAGUGUGGAGGUCUUAACUCUGCUCUUCAGUGAGCUGGCUAAAGUCACAGCUGGUUCAGCGAAGGGCUUCGCCAGUUUCAUUAGUGACGUCCUGUCAAAGUGCAAGGUUCAGAAAGUGGUUCUUCAUUGCCUGCUUUCGUCCAUAUUCAGUGCUCAGAAAUGGCACGAGCAGCGGGUGGCGGGGCUCAACGUGGCCACAGUGGAGGAAGGCCUCUCUGAAGACAGCGUCAUCAACCUGUCGGAGGACCAGAUAGACUGCUGCAGCACCGUCCAGUCCCAGUUGCUCAGGUUGCUGCAGAGCCUGGUUGUUCUGGAGCACAGGGUCCUGAUGCCAGCAGAUGAAGGUGGAGAAGGUGGGCCUGCAGGAGGAGGAGGAGGGAGCGGAGGGCCAGGCGGCAGCAGUGGGGCUGGGUUUGAGAUCCUGGGCGGGGAGGUGGAGCAUGUCAACCCUCAGCAGCCGAUGACAUCAUUGCAGUACCUCCACGGCCAGCCGGUCACAGCGCAGGGCAUGUUCCUCUGUGCCGUGAUCAGGGCCCUGCACCAGCACCACGCCUGUAAGAUGCACCCUCAGUGGAUAGGACUCAUCACAGCCACCCUCCCUUACAUGGGAAGAGUGCUGAGGAGGGUGGUGGCCUCAGUGACCCUGCAGCUGUGCAGAAACCUGGAUAAUCUCCUCCAGCAGUACCGAUAUGAGACUGGGAUAACAGACACCAGACCCCAGUGGAUGGCACUCUGUAUCCCCCCAGACCUGAUCCUGACUGUGCUGGAGGGAGUGACAUCCAUCAUCCAUUACUGUCUGCUGGAUUCCACUUCCCAGUACCACCAGCUACAAGCGAGUGUGGACCAGAAGCAUCUGGCUGAGGCUCGUUCAGGCAUCCUGUCCAUCCUCCACACCAUCAUGUCUUCUGUCACUCUGCUGUGGAGUGUCCUCCACCAGGCGGACACCUCAGACAGACCAGCUGCUGCUUCUGCCGCCUUCACUUCCAAUAUCAACCUGGGCUCCACUAAGAAUCUCCGUCAGCAGAUCCUCGAGCUGCUCGGCCCAAUCUCCAUGAACCACGGCGCUCAUUUCAUGGCGGCCAUUGCUUAUGUUUGGAACGAGAGAAAACAGGUCAAGACCCCAGUAAGAAAUAAGGUGAUUCCUGUAGCAAGUGAGGAGCAGCUGCUGCUGGUGGAGCUGGUUCGCUCAGUAAAUGCCAUGCGCACUGAAACUGUUGUACAGACGGUCAAAGAAGUCCUGAAGCAGCCGCCUGCCAUCGCAAAGGACAAGAAGCACAUCUCUUUGGAAGUCUGCAUGCUGCAGUUCUUCUACGCCUACGUACAGAGGAUUCCUGUUUCUAGUUUGGUUGAUAGCUGGCCAUCUCUGCUGGCUCUGCUGAAGGACUCGGUCCAGCUGGGUCUGCCGGCCCCCGGACAGUUUCUCCUCCUGGGAGUUUUGAAUGAGUUCAUUUUGAAGAAUCCCAAUCUGGAAAGUAAGAAGGACCAGCGAGAGCUGCAGGAUGUCACUCACAAAGUGGUGGAGGCCAUCGGCACGAUAGCCGGCUCCUCUUUAGAGCAAACCACGUGGCUGAGGAGAAACCUGGAGGUGAAGGCGUCUCCACAGAUCCUUGUGGAUGGCAGCAACCUGGAAGCUGAUGUAGAAGAUUUAAUGCUCACAGUGAUGGAGGCCUCCAGCUUCACUCCAUCUGUGUACAGCGUUCACGCUCUCACGCUGUUGGCCGAGGUGCUGGCUCACCUGUUGGACAUGGUGUUUUACAGCGAUGAGAAGGAGAAAGUCAUCCCUCUGCUGAUUAAUAUCAUGCAUUAUGUUGUGCCCUACCUCCGCAACCACAGUGCACACAAUGCUCCCAGCUACCGGGCCUGCAUCCAGCUGUUGAGCAGUUUAAGUGGGUACCAAUACACUCGCCGGGCCUGGAAAAAGGAGGCCUUCGACCUCUUCAUGGAUCACACCUUCUUCCAGAUGGACGCCUCCUGUGUGAGCCACUGGAGAGCAAUCAUUGACCACCUGAUGACUCACGACAAGACCACAUUCAGAGACCUGAUGACUCGUGUUGCCGUUGCUCAGAGCAGCUCUCUGAGUCUGUUCACCAACCGAGACGCUGAGCUGGAGCAGAGGGCCAUGCUGCUCAAACGUCUGGCCUUCACCAUCUACAGCAGCGAAGUGGACCAGUACCAGAAGUACCUGCCAGACAUACAAGAGCGUCUGGUGGAGAGCCUGCGUCUGCCUCAGGUGCCCAUCCUUCACGCUCAGGUGUUUCUUUUCUUCCGAGUUCUGCUCUUGCGUAUGUCACCUCAACACCUCACGUCACUUUGGCCCACUAUGAUCACUGAGCUGGUUCAGGUGUUUCUGCUGAUGGAGCAGGAGCUAAUGGCAGAUGAGGACAUAACAAGGACAUCAGGGCCGUCGGUCGCUGGCUUGGAGACUACCUACUCAGGAGGGAACGGCUUCUCCACCUCCUACAACAGCCAGCGCUGGCUCAACCUCUACCUCUCUGCAUGCAAGUUCCUGGAUCUGGCCCUGGCCCUGCCUCCUGAGAGCCUGCCUCAGUUCCAGAUGUACCGCUGGGCCUUCAUUCCUGAGGCGUCGGAUGAUUCAGGGUUGGAGGUGAGACGUCAGGGGACACAUCAGAGGGAGUUUAAGCCUUACGUGGUUCGUCUGGUGAAGCUGCUGAGGAAACGAGCCAAGAAAAACCCAGAGGAGGACUGCUCCACUCGGACCCUGUCCUGGGAGCCGGGUCACCUGAUGCUGACCCUCUACGUGAUCCGCAGCAUGGAGCAGCUGCUGCCCUUCUUCAACCUGCUCAGUCAGGUGUUCAACAGUAAGGCCAGCUGCCGGUCAGGCGUGGCCUACUCCCUCAGCCCCACAGACCCCUCCUUCCCCGGCCACAAGGACGGCCACAAACUGGAGAGCCAGAAGGUCUUCUGGAGUCGAGCGCGGCAGAACAUUGAGGAGAUGGUGGAGAAAGACUUUCUGGAGGGCCUCAUCAAGACGUGAGAGCCGAGCAUUAACUGACCACUCGUGAAAAACCUCAACUUGUAUAUUUGAGAACAAUGGGGGGGAUACAUUUGUAAAAAUUUUUGUAUUUAUAUUGAUUAUUUCACUUUUCAAAAGCUACUGUAUUUAAUUUUAAUUAUUUGUAUAUAUGGAUCAGCUUUGCUGGGUUUUAACAUUUCCUGUGGUUCCUUUGCUGUGCCAUCCAGUGUCGUGUGACUUAAUAAAACCGAUUUCUUAUGACAGA